AUGUUAAACAUAUUCGGUAAUAGCACGGGUAUAGAGCCACGCUGGAUGCCCGAGCCAAGAGAGCGAGGCACAUACUCCAUCCUCUCCACUUGUCUCAUUACUCUUGGCCUCUGCGUUUGGACAGCCAUCCAUCUGAACAUCCCGGCCCACGACGAGAAAUGGUGGCAUCAAACCUGGCGCAAGUUUGGCUGGAUGAUGCUAGGCUUUGUCGCACCUGAAAUGGUCGCCUUUGCUGCUUACCAACAAUUUAUGACGGCGAGAGACAUCACUCGCGAAAUGAAAAAGCUAACAGAUCAACCGAACUGUGAUCCUGAGAACCCAAUUCAUGAACAGCCGCAACCUACGUCAAUAAGGCCAGGCAAAGAAACACAAGACACGACAGGUAGUGCCAAUGGCGGCCAUAUCCAGCACGAGUGGACUAGGGUCCAUAGCUAUUUUAUAGAAGACAAGAGCAAGGGUAGUAUGCUGGCCAAAUCGCUCGUAUGCUUCCAAGCGGCGUGGUUCUGCAUCCAAUGCCUCACGCGCUUCGGGCAGAAGCUACCUGUCAGCCUUCUCGAGCUCAACACGCUCGGCCACGCAAUUUGCACGCUACUCAUCUACUGCAUGUGGUGGGAGAAGCCGCUCGAUAUUGGACAGGCAGAGGCCAUCCGUGUUAGCGGCAGUGACUUGGAGAGGCUUGUCGCUGCCAUGUGCGACACAAGCGAGGUGGAGAUGAUAGUCCAAACGGACGCCUUCCACAGGAGGCGCGAGAUUAAAAUCCCCAUAAAGAGGACGGACAAGGGCCCCGUUGUGGACUUGCGUGAUGUCUGCGCUGCAUAUAGGAAGUUGUGCACAAGGCUGUAUAAAGGCCUAGUCAAAUUUAUAGACAGCGGGGCGCCGUGUAUUGACAUAGCCCAACCCGAUAUCUGGCGCUGGAGCGCCGCUCUCAAAGCAUCGGUCCAGCCUCCCGCCCUCACCCUAUUCCCGCGUAUCCGAAACUUCCCGCGGAUGAAGGAUCCGCUUAACCAAUGGCCGCUCUUACGCGCUGGCGAGAAUCUACCUGUGGUCUCAGGCCACCCCAGCGGCCUCACCUCCACGCACGCCGGCAACGCGCACGUCUCCGACGAGCGGGCCUUUGGCGCCAUGAAGGCGGCCAUCGACACCGGAUGCACCGUCUGGAACGGCGGCAUCUUUUACGGCACGCCCGAGAACAAUUCCCUCACCCUCGCGCGCAAGUAUUUCGAAAAGUACCCCGAGGACGCCGCCAAGGUCGAGCUCAACAUCAAGGCCUGCGUCGUCCCGGGCAAGCUGGAGCCCGACGGUAGCCGGGAGGGAGUGCUGCGCGACGUCGAACAGGCCGUCUCGCAGCUGCCGCCCGACGUCAAGGUGAUUGACUUGUUCGAGCCCGCUCGGGUGGAUGCCAAGGUGCCUAUCGAAGAGACGGUGUUGGCGCUCAAGGAGUGCCAGGAUAAGGGACUCAUCAAGGGCAUUGCCCUGAGCGAGCCCAGCGCCGAGUCCAUCCGCAAGGCCAGCAAGGUUGUCAAGAUCCUGGCUGUCGAGGUGGAGAUUGGCCUGUUUACUACCGAUGCGAUGAAGAACGGCGUCACCGACGCCUGUGCCGAGCUCGGCAUUCCCAUUCACGCCUACGGCACAUUGGGCCACGGCUUCCUGGGUGGCACCAUCAGGGCGGCCAGCGACCUCGGCGAGGGCGACUUCCGCCGCCUCCUCCCGCGCUUCCACCCAGAAAACUUCGCCACCAACCUCGAGCUCGUCGACAGCGUCAAGGCCGUCGCCGACCGGAAAGGCUGCACCGUGAGCCAAGUCGCCAUUAGCUGGGUGGCGUCGCUUUCGGAGACGCCUGGCAUGCCCAAGAUUAUCCCCAUCCCCGGCGCCACCACCGCCGAGAGGGUGCGAGAGAAUGCCAAGCUCAUCGACCUCUCCAAGGAGGAUUUGGACGAGAUCAACUCUAUCCUUGCCCGGUGCGAGGUCAAGGGGGACAGGUAUCCCGCUCCGUUGUUGAAAUAUGUCAAUGUUUAG